GCUUGCAACUCGUAUGCACGAAUAUAACGCUUGCGCGUUGUGGUUGAUGAGUGACGCUGUGUCCUGUUGGUGAAUACCGCGACACUCCGCGGUUCUCGUUUAAUUCCUUACUCGAGUGUUUUGUCGAUUUAAUCCAAAUGGAUCCAGUAAAAAUGUCCAUGCAGCCGCACAACAGGAAACGCGUCUGCUACUAUUAUGACAGUGAUAUUGGAAAUUAUUAUUAUGGCCAAGGACAUCCUAUGAAGCCACAUCGUAUAAGGAUGACGCACAAUCUACUCUUGAACUAUGGACUUUAUAGAAAAAUGGAGAUAUAUCGACCUCAUAAAGCCACAGCAGAUGAAAUGACAAAAUUUCAUAGUGAUGAGUACAUUAGAUUUUUGAGAUCCAUAAGGCCAGAUAAUAUGUCAGAGUACAACAAACAAAUGCAACGAUUUAAUGUAGGUGAGGAUUGUCCUGUUUUUGAUGGCUUGUACGAGUUCUGUCAAUUGUCAGCUGGCGGAUCUGUAGCUGCUGCUGUAAAGCUCAACAAGCAAGCCUCAGAAAUCUGCAUCAACUGGGGCGGUGGUUUGCAUCAUGCAAAGAAGAGCGAAGCGUCGGGCUUUUGUUAUGUGAACGACAUUGUACUCGGAAUCUUAGAAUUGCUGAAAUAUCAUCAAAGAGUUUUAUACAUUGAUAUUGAUGUUCAUCAUGGCGACGGUGUGGAAGAAGCUUUUUAUACGACUGAUCGAGUGAUGACAGUUUCAUUUCAUAAGUACGGCGAAUAUUUUCCUGGAACUGGAGAUCUCCGCGAUAUCGGGGCAGGGAAGGGAAAAUAUUAUGCCGUUAAUAUACCGUUAAGAGAUGGUAUGGAUGAUGAAAGCUACGAGUCAAUAUUUGUUCCCAUUAUAUCAAAAGUAAUGGAAACUUUCCAACCUUCAGCUGUUGUUUUGCAAUGUGGAGCCGACUCGUUGACGGGCGAUCGACUGGGAUGCUUUAACUUGACUGUGAGAGGUCAUGGAAAAUGCGUGGAAUUUGUAAAAAAGUACAAUUUGCCUUUCCUGAUGGUGGGCGGUGGCGGUUAUACAAUCAGAAACGUGUCAAGAUGUUGGACAUAUGAAACAUCUGUCGCUCUUGGAUGCGAAAUUGCGAAUGAACUUCCAUAUAACGAUUACUUCGAAUAUUUUGGUCCUGACUUUAAGCUGCACAUCAGUCCUUCGAAUAUGGCGAAUCAAAACACUCCUGAGUACCUCGAGAAAAUAAAAACGAGGCUGUUUGAAAACUUGAGAAUGCUACCUCACGCACCUGGUGUACAAGUUCAAGCAAUGCCAGAAGAUGGUGCUGUCAUUGAGGACUCAGAAGCUGAAGAAAAGGUGAAUCCAGAUGACAGACUGCCUCAACGUGACUUGGAUAAGAGGAUACAACAUGAAAACGAGUACAGUGACAGUGAAGACGAGGGAGAAGGUGGACGAAGAGAUAAUAGAUCGUACAAGGGAUCUCGAAAACGACCACGUUUAGAAAAAGGCCAAGAAACCAUUGACGCUGAUAUCAAAAAAGAAGACGACAUAAAAUCUGAGCCGAAAGAAAACGAAAAAGAUGAGAAAGUGAAUCCCACGAAUGAGGAGACCAAGAAAGACGGCGGAGCGAAUCCCUGAUAGAUGGUUGUGCCGGAGCAUUUAAAAAAGGCGAAAUUCUUAUUUAAAUUAAGUAACAGAUAUGUUUAAGUAACUUAAAUGUGGUAGCACACAUGUGGUACAUAGUCUGCUGCCUCUACUUCGCUCCGUAAAUCGAAAUUAUUAUUCCAAAUUAUCACAUUUUUACGAUCAAAACGUGUUUAAAUAUUUAGAAAUGUCGGAUUUGUUCGUGGCAGCGUCAUCCUUAUCGAAAUUUGCACGUAUGAGCGUGUAUGUAGUUUAGAGCGCAAUUUUAAACGUAGACUAAAAUAAUUCAGAAACGUAUGUCCGAGUUUUUUCCAAUUGAUCUUUUUUCAUUUUUCUUAAAGAUUAUUGAAAGUACUGAAGAAGUAUAGAAGAUUAUAGAUCCGCGGGAUGAUGUCUCAAUAGUGUCAUCAGAAUUUUAUAAACCUGGAUUGCAGUUCUCUUUACAUAACUUUUGUGAGAGAUCUUUCAUGGAUCUUUCACCGCGAUAUUCUAGAAUUUUAUAUAAGCAUCUAUUUCACUGAUUCCAAAAUCAAGUCAUAAAGUCGACAACUGAUAUAAGACACUAACGAGAUUCUGCCGCUCCAAUGCUGCAAUCAAAUUUACACAGAAGAAAAGAUGUAUACAUAUAUACACAUAUAUAUGUAUAUAAUUGUUAAUAUAUCAUAUAUAUAUGUGCGAAAUGCAUCUUUUUCGCGUGAAUAGUGUAAUAUCGUAUGUCUUCUUAUUUGUCACUUUCAAUUGAGCCGCUCGAUAAAGACCAGUAUGUAGUUUAUGUAUUAUGGAAAGGCAGCUGAUUAAGAAUAUAAAGAUGAUUUCUUAAUCAGCUGUUUGCAAAGAUCAUGGAUUGGUGAAUACGUUCGCUUCCUAUUGUAUAUAAUACACAGAAAUUUAAUCUUUGAAAGAAAUUCUUGCACGCAGUAAUAAUAUAAUUAAUAAUAAUGUUCGUUGAGAGUGCAAAGAAUAUCUCACGUUACUCAAAAGAUUAGCGGAUGUUUCUUCAGUUAACGCCCCGAUUUAUUUAGUGUAAGUAAUGAAUAAUUUUAAUUUAUAAUGCAUUUCAGAAAGCGAAAGCAACGGGAAAAAUUUGCAAUUUGAUAAACACUUGUCCAUGUUUAUUCGUCUUACAUUAUGUUCGUUUUUUUAUACUGUCGUAUUUGUUUGCAUUUAUAUUAAGGAUUGUUUCCCUCGUUUUCGACAUUUUUUUUCAUUAUUUUUAUCUCCUUUUAUUUUGAUUGUCGAGUCGUGCUGUUCAAAUUCAUAUCUACUUAAAGUUUUACAUUUGUUUCGUAGCAUUUUCUACCGAUAAGUAAUUUACCGUAAGACACUCAUGUCUUGACGAAAUAAAUCAGAAAUGCGUAGACGGGAAAAGAAAGAUCUUCUAAUGCUUUUGAGUAGCGUAACGAGGAGUUAAAUUGGGGGGGGGGAGGGGAGGAGGAAGAAAGUAUGGCAAAGAAAUUAGAGCAGUUGAGAAAUUAUAUAUAUCCAUUCAAAUGUAGCUGUAGACUCUUAAAUGUAUAUUAGACAAGACUAAUUUAAGAAAUAUAAAAAAAAAUUACUCGUGGCAUCUGGAUCGAUCUCUGCAACAAAGACUCAAGGUCGGGACGUCGCUCUCGUUCCUGCAUUCUCGAUCAUUGUCGAUCAACAAUUGUUUUGUUGCAGACUCUGUCCUCAGGCUACGUUCUCACGUAUUUUCAUUAAAUUCUCGUGCGAGAGCAAUAAUUGUGCAUUGACAAUUCUAUGUAUAUAAAAUGUAUCCCCUUUUUUGUGACGCCUGAAUACUCGAUCUGGACCUGUGCCCGAUCAUUGGGCGAUUUUAUUUGUAACUAAACUUACAUCCACUAUACACACAAAAGAAAUUUGAAAUAGCAUUGCGUAUAUCUUGUGUAAGCCGAUUCAAGACACAGGCCGAAUCUUUCUAAUAUGUACUCCUUUUUAUUCUUAAUCAACUGAUAUCUUGUAAUUUCUUCUUACGCACUGCUCUACUUCAACUUGCGUGACGAGUUAAGAUUAGAGAGAUUCGACUCUAUAGAUAGACUAUUGCAUAUGUAUUUAUGUCCACGCAUAGGAACAUAUAUGGACGUUUUUAAAUAUUUAUAAUAAAAAAUAAAGAAA